AUGAGACAGACGAAUCAGACACGGGUGACAGAGUUCCUCCUUCUGGGACUCUCUGAUGACCAACACACCCAGCAACUGCUCUUUAUCUUAUUCCUGGGUGUCUACCUGGUCACUGUACUUGGAAAUCUGCUUCUCAUAUUCCUUGUUCAGGUUGACUUCCAGCUUCACACACCCAUGUAUUUUUUCCUCUACAAUUUAUCUCUGGCUGACCUCUUUUUCUCUACCAACAUCAUUCCUCAGGCCCUAGUCCACCUGCUCUCUAGGAAGAAAGUCAUUUCAUUCACACGCUGUGCAAUACAGCUUCUGCUCGUCCUCAUUUUUGGGUGCACACAGUGUGCCCUUUUGGCAGUGAUGUCCUAUGAUCGGUACGUGGCUAUCUGCAACCCUUUGCAUUACCCCAGCAUCAUGACUUGGAGGGUGUGCAUUCAGCUGGCCACAGGAUCGUGGACCAGCGGCAUUCUGGUAUCUGUGGUGGACGCCACCUUCACACUGAGGCUACCCUACCGAGGCAGCAGUCACAUUGCUCAUUUCUUCUGUGAGGCCCCCGCACUGCUGAUCCUGGCCUCCACAGACACCCGCACUUCAGAAUUAGCCAUUUUCUUCAUGGGAGUUGUGAUUCUCCUCAUCCCUGUUUCCUUAAUUCUGGUCUCCUAUGGCCGCAUCAUCGUAACUGUGGUCAGGAUGAAGUCAGCUGCAGGAAGGCUCAAGGCAUUCUCAACCUGUGGCUCCCACCUCAUUGUAGUCAUCAUUUUUUAUGGGUCAGCAAUUGUCACUUACAUGACACCAAAGUCUUCCAAAGAACAGAAAGAGCUGGUAUCUGUGUUCUACGCGAUGGUGACCCCCCAUGCUUAAUCCUGUCAUCUACAGUCUGAGAAACAAGGAUGUGAGGGGAGCUCUGAGGAAAGUGGCCCCCAGGAACUUCCCAUGCAGGCUUGGAAUUUUC